AUGGUUGUGGUUCCAGACUUACAGACGCAGAUCCUUCUGUCAAAGAUACUGAAAGAGGCACCUCUCCGCAGAUACUGGGAGCAACUACUGCAUGGCAUGCCGGGGCUCUGGUGCACGGGCUUCAGCAACUACACUCCGCAGGUGCAGGCCACGAUGCAUCUGCAGCGGGCGCAGAACCUGCCUCUGUCGCUUGUGCGCGCUUGCAUGGCGCGCAUCCGGGUGCUCUAUCUCAACGUCGACUUCCCGUCCGGUCUGCACACGCUGGUAGGCCUCCCCGCCUCCCGGCUUGAAGUCCUCCUGCUUCACUCGGAUGCGCCGUCGCAUCUGGGCUACGAGCCGAGCACGAUGACGCUCUGCAACGGGGAUUUCCCGCAGCUGCGCUACCUUUCGAUAAUGCAAUGCCCGAUCCGUCCUGCCGCCGCAUUCCCUGCACUAACGCACCUACACUUGGCCCACCAGUGCAUGGGCCCGCUCCCGGAGCUGCUGCAGUUCCUCGCAGGCGCCCCGCGGCUCGUCCAGCUGACCCUGUCCUUCCUCCGCGUUUCAUCUCCCGCCGCGAAAAUCGACGCUCCAGAAGACGCCACGCCACGCAAGGUCUACCUAGACCACCUGCGGGGCCUCUGUCUCACGGAAAUCGCACCGGAUAUCGUCCUGCUCCUCCUCGCGCACCUCGUCAUCCCCGCAAGUCCCGUCGCGAUCCAGCUCGCGCACAUCCGCAAAGCCACCCCGGCGUUCUUCCGCGCGCUGCCGGACCUCCCCGCCCUGCGCGGCGCGACCCGCCUCUCUGUCGAGGCGCGCCGCGGGUCUCUGGUCGUCGCAGGAGCAGGCGCUACGUCGGCCGUGCGGAUGCAUUUCGUGGACGUGGCGGGGCCCGGGUCGCUCGCGCCCGAGUGGCUCGACGCGCUCCUGGACGUGCUUCCCGCGGGGGCAUGCUGCCGCGAGCUGUGGUGGACCGACUGGCACCGCCCGGGCGCCGCGCCGUGGACGUACGGCCUGCACCGCACGCUGGAGCGCAUGUGGGCCGUCUCGGCGCUCGUACUCUGCGAGCCGCCGAUGAGAUGCAAACGCCAGGGCGCGCUCUUUGACGGGCUCUUCGGUGUCGACGGGGGCGCUUCUGGGUGCGCCAUGCUGCCCGCGCUGCGCACUCUGCACCUCGUCACGCAUAGGUUUGCGAUACCCGCGCGCACUAACGAGUACGCCAAGACACGCGCAUGCCGAGGCCGCCCGCUGACGCGCGUAGUCGUGCAGGUGGCCGUGGAUGAGCUCGACAGCGACGAUGUGCCAGAUGAGGAUUUGCGUGCGGGGCCGCUGGGGUUGCUCGACGCAUCCCUGGACGAGCUACAAGAGACGGUGGGCGCGGUGGAACUAAGAGUGGACCACUGUACGCCCUCGAUGCCACUGCCCCUUGUGUGCCAUGAUCCCUUCGUGUACUGGGAGAGCGCGGGGAUGCCGCGGCCUUGGUUUCAACUAGCCCGGGAAUUCUUUGACUGA